AUGAGCUUGAGCGCGACGACACUUGAGCGCCCCGGAAGCAGCGCUUUCGGCGAGUCGGCGAUUUCUUGCGACCACGAGAAACGAGAUGCUGAAGGGCGCGGUUUCGUGAUGCGUGCACGGGUCGAUGACGAAAUGGGCAGAUCUGCGGAGCGAGAGAGAUUUCCUGCCCUGGUCGCUUCCGAGACGAGGGCCAGGAACGAGAACAAAGAAGAAGAAGAAAGAAGAAACGUAGCGAACAGUCGCCGACUACCACCGGAAUGGCCAACGGACAGCGGGCGAUUGAGGGAAACCAAAGCGAAUGGAUGGUCCUGGGGCAGCGAGCGAGUUGUUGCAGGAGAGAAGAGGGAACAUGCAAAGAGGCUUUUGGCUCGCUUGAUCUUGUGCCGUUUCCCGCUUUUCCUGGAGACAGAUCGCAGCGUUUACAGUGGACGGCUCCAGGGAGCGGGGCGCCAAUCAGGGCCUGUGGGCAUUACGAGCUUCGGGCUUUACAGGGCUCGAGUUGGGGAUGUUGAGAGACUGCUACUGCUGCUGCUACAGGUUCUGAACUACUGCAUCCUGCACGGAGCAUCCGCGCGCGCGGGAUGGGUCGAGUCGAGCCCAGAAUAG